AUGUCAACAAUCACUCUAGCCGAGUAUCUGUACACACGCCUUCAUCAAUUGAAAGUCCGCUCCCUUCAUGGUGUACCGGGAGACUACAAUCUGGUUGCUUUAGAUUACGUGGAGAAAGCUGGCUUGACAUGGGUUGGCAACUGCAAUGAACUCAAUGCAGGGUAUGCAGCAGAUGGGUAUGCGAGAGUGAAUGGGGUCGGCGCAAUGGCCACGGUCAUCGGGGUUGGAGAGUUAUCAGCCAUCAAUGCCUGUGCCGGCUCCUAUGCAGAAAAUGUCCCGGUGGUCUACAUCGUCGGGUCGCCAGCGACGGCUGCACGGAAGAACAGGCUCGUCCUCCAUCACACUCUCGGCGAUGGAGAAUUCGAUGUGUUCGCAGACAUGUUCAAGAGGGUUACGGUGGCACAAACCUAUCUUGACGAUAUCACCACCGCAGCUCAGGAGGUGGAUCGGGUGCUGGAGCAGUGCUGGAUCCAGAAGAGACCUGUAUACAUCCGGUUGCCAACGGACAUGGCGACGAAGCCGUUAGAUAAGACCCUUUUGGACAUCCCGUUGAACCUGGAGCCGGUUGCGAACAACGCUGAUGCCGAGCUUUCCGUGGUCGAAACCCUCCUCGAACUGAUCCAUUCGUCCAAGAGGCCGGUCUUCCUGGUUGACGCUAAUGUUUCCAGAUACAGAGUUCUGGAAGAGGUCGAUGCCCUCGUUCGCAAAUCCGGAAUCCCGACAUUUGUGGCACCAAUGGGCAAGGGUAACGUCACCGAAUCACUCGAGAACUUCAACGGCAUGUAUUUUGGCGCUCACUCAGAUGAGAGCAUAAGAAAGGCAGUGGAGACCUCGGAUCUAGUAGUGUGGAUUGGUCCCGUCAAAAGCGACGUCAACACAGCAUUUUUUACAGCCAAGCUUCCAGAGAGAAUCAUCGAGCUUCACAACGAUCGAAUCGAGAUACUUGGCACCAAACACGAGGGCAUGCAGAUGAGAGGGGUUCUCCAGAAGCUCGGUGCUCGUAUCGAGACGUCGCCGCCUCACUCGCCGAAACUUGGCGCGCUAAGCGAGAGCGGAUCAACAGCAUCACUUGCGGACAAGCAAGCACGGGAGCCAAUACUGCACGAUCACCUGUGGAAGAGACUCUCCUCAUGGUUCCAGCCAAACGACGUCAUCAUCACCGAGAACGGCACAGCCAACAUUGGAAUCUGGGACAGCAAGCUCCCCAGCGGCGUGCAGGCCAUCAACCAAACGCUCUGGGGCUCAAUCGGCUACACCGUCGGCGCCGCACAGGGAGCGGCCCUCGCUCUCAAGGAUGUCGGCUCGGAUGCUAGGACUAUCCUGUUCGUGGGAGAUGGCUCCUUCCAACUCACCGCGCAAGAAGUGUCGACCAUGAUCCGGCACAAGCUCAGCGUCACCAUCUUCCUGAUCGAGAACGAGGGGUACACCAUCGAGCGGUUCAUCCACGGCAUGGACGCCGAGUACAACGACAUCUCCGGGUGGAAGUACAAGGAGAUCCCGCGAGUUCUCGGGGCUCGAGAAGGUGAUGUCACGGUUCACGAUGUGAAGACGAAGCAGGAGCUGGAGGUCCUGCUGCUGAACGAGGAGUUUGCUCACGCGAAGAAUGUGCAGUUCGUGGAGCUGCACAUGCCAAAGGAGGAUGCGCCGUACAACUUGAAGCUUCAAAUCAAAUCAAACCUCCAAGUCAAAUCCACCAACCCACCAUACUUUCAUUCAUUCAUAAUUACUAAGGGCUACCAAGGUGAUGGUGGUGGGGAAAUACGUGGCGGUAUCGAGGGUCUGCUGUUUGCUGCUGCGGAUGUCGGGUUGGGGAGGAGGUUUGGUGGCUUGCUGGCUGCAGAGGUUGUUCCAGGCAGGCUGCUGCUGCUGCUGCUGAGUUGGUGGAUGGGAGGGCGAAAGAGAGGGGUCCGAAGUGAGAAGUGA